AUGGCGGCGGGGGAGCCACCACCACUGUGGUUGCCCACAGUGGGGGACCCGGUGCCACUCACUGUGGUUUCCCACAGUGACAGCCCCGAGCCCUCCACUGUGCGCAGCCACAGUGGGAGCACGGCCGCACGCCGUUCCCUAGUUGCCACAGGGGUUCGGCCCUUGACCGCCCCUGUGACCCCCGUGACCCACAGGGUUUGCAGAUCCUGGCUCCACAGCAGCACUGUGCGCCACCAUCAUGCCGCUCCUCUGCAACGCCCCUGCAUAGCUCCCCCGGUCGCAACUCCCCCAGCACCGCCAGCGGCCCUCCUGAUGGUCUCCUCCACUGCGCCUCGACUCCCUCCGCCUCGGCUCCCUCCUCCCGCGCGCCUCCGCUUCCUGCCCGCGCAACUCCCCUGGCGACCUCCCUGCCACCUGCACAAACUACCUACCCGCUGCCCAUGCAAGCCGCCUCCACUAUCAGCUCCCUACACAGCGGCCCCGCCGGCCCCACCGGGCUCCGCCAGCUCAGCUCUCGGCCCUGCUGCCCUUGCCGCCCCCCGCCGCCUCCGGCUCUCCCUCCCACCGGGUCUAGACUUUAAGGCAGUUGCCACCAAUUUUCUGGCAACUUUCCAGCCACCGCUAGCAGCCCUCCGCCACCUGCCACGUGGACAUCGGGACUCGCAUCAGCGCCACGUCAGCAGUUAG